AUGUUUGAAAAUCUCAAGGCGUUCAUCAGACAUGGCAAGCAGGCCAAUGACAUGAAAAAGAAAGGUUCUUUCUAUGAAAUCCCAUCGAACCGCCACCACAACCACAACACAUAUGCCACGUCAGAUCCUUACGACUCGGAAUACCAAGUUCUCGACACUUAUAACCCAUCAGAUAAGCAAUACGAGCAGUACCAAAAACAGUACGAAGAAGAGUUGGGCCUCACAGACCCUGAAUUAGCUGGUCUUCAACAGCAGAACAACCAUCACGACAACCACCAAGAAAAUGGCAUUUACCAAAACUACGACUCGCGGUUCUCGGACGUGACCUUAAAUGAACCUACACAACAGCAGCAAAUGAACAACAAAGUUGCCACGCAAAUGGUGGAAGAGGAACGAUUGCAAAAGAUGAAGUUCAAACAAUACCCCAAUUUGGACAAAUACCAAGUGCUCGAGCAAAUGGGCGAAGGCGCGUUCUCCGUGGUUUACAAGGCGGUGCAUUUGCCCAGCGGCAAAGAUGUUGCCAUCAAGAUUUUGCGCAAGUUCCAAAUGGACCAGCAACAGAAACAAGCCGUGUUGAAAGAAGUUACUAUAAUGAGACAAUUGAAGCACCAAAAUUGUGUUCGUUUUAUCGAGUUUAUCGACUCGCCAGUGUAUUACUACAUUGUACAGGAAUUAGUCUCGGGAGGCGAGAUCUUCACCAUGAUUGUCAAGUACACGUAUCUCAGUGAAGAUUUAUCGCGCUGGAUAAUAACUCAAGUGGCCCACUCGAUAAGAUAUUUACACGAGGAAGUUGGUAUAGUGCAUCGUGAUAUUAAACCGGAAAACCUUUUGUUUGAACCCAUUGACUUUAAACCCAGUGCCAAUCCAAUUGCCAAACUAAGAAAAAGUGACGACCCAAACACCAAGAAAGACGAAGGUGAGUUUACGGCUAAUGUUGGUGGUGGAGGUAUUGGGGUAGUCAAGCUUGCAGAUUUCGGUCUUUCGAAACAGAUUUGGGAACACAACACCAAGACCCCAUGCGGUACCGUUGGCUAUACUGCCCCGGAAAUUGUUCGUGACGAGCGCUAUUCCAAAGAAGUGGACAUGUGGGCCAUUGGCUGUGUGCUCUAUACUUUACUUUGUGGAUUCCCUCCCUUUUACGAUGAAAGAAUCGAGACGUUGACUGAAAAAGUCGCCAAGGGCCAAUUUACAUUUUUGCAGCCAUGGUGGGACGAAAUCAGCGAUGGCGCCAAAAACUGCGUGUCCAAUUUGCUUACAGUUGACCCCAAGCGUCGUUACACCAUAGACCAAUUUCUCGAAGACCCCUGGAUGAAACUAGAAUCGAAAUCGGUGCCCGAGCUUGCCAUUCCGCUGCGGGUGCCUUCGCGCGCAAAAGUGUCACACCCCAUCCAAUCACAAAACCAAGGUGGCCACUCGAGCAAGUACUCCAAGAAGUUUAAAGCUCAAAACCAGGAUUUGUACUCGCCUGCCGCAGUGGCAUUGCGUGACGCAUUUGACAUUUCCACGGCGGUGCACCGUAUGGGAGAAGAGGCGGCCCUUUCCAAUAAAUUCACGCAGCAAAAUGUCCAAGAUUUGAUUGAAGAGGAAGAAGAGGAAAACGAAGAAGAUGUAACUGAUUCGGGCCGUGUUCUCCAUCACCAUCACCGUAAUUCUUCAAGCAUCAAACUCAGAUCGCACAAGAGGCAGGAGAAGGACCCUCGAGUCCCCAGAUCUGCUGCCAACCAUAUCAACAUCAACAAUGGAUUCGAUUUGAAUCUUGGCGGAGCGCUGAUUAUCGAGAGGAGGAAAAACAAGCAAAUCCCCGUGCAAAGCAGGUAA